GUGAGGCGAGAGAGAGCCAGAGAGAGGGAGAGAGCCAGCCACCACACAACAGUGAGAGAGAGAGAGGAGAGGAGUGCUCAUGGUGAGGCAAGAGGAGGAGGAGGAGCAGUAGAGUCGUAGCAGUAGGAUCCAUUAGGGAAUAGGAACACACACAAUCAAUCAUCCCCCAUCGCCGCUGCAUUGCAUCCGAUGUUGCAUUGUUAGAUCAUCAUCGUCCCCAGCUUCCUGACUUUUUUUUUUCUUUGGUUCUUUUCCGUCGAGUAAUGGAGGCGCUGGGGUUCGUUGCUUGCCGCUCGCUGGGUUCCGCCGCCGCCGUCGUCGUCGCCGCCGCGCGGGCUCUGCGGACGGUGAGCCGCCCCGGCAUGCUUUCCGUUGCCCGAUCUUUCUAGAUGUUUUAGGCCGUUCUUUCUCCAAAAUACAUUCUUUGAUUCUUUUGUACUAAUCCCCGAUUCUUUCCUGCAUAUACAGCAUAACAUACACACAUAGCCACCUCAUAGACAUUGAAUUCUUUUUUUCCUCUUGUUUUUUACCCAAAGGAAGCUGACCAAAUACGUUCCCGGACUAGAUCCUCUGGUUUUAGAGUUCUCCUCUUUCUCUUGUACAUCGAUUCAUAUACAGCUCACCUUGCAAGAUCCUCUAGCAGUAGCCACAUACCAGAGAGAGACAGAGAGGGAGAGAGCAGAGUGAGGAGUGGAUCAACAAACAGGAGGAGGAAGACGAAGACGAAGAGGAAGCCACAGAGGAGGAGAGGAGAGGACUAGGUUCUUCUUGCCGCAACGCAUCCGGCCGCGUCUCCGGGAUGUUGGCUGGUUGCUCCUUCUCGUCGUCGAGGCAUCAGAUGAGCACCGCGCAGCGAUUCGACAUCCUCCCCUGCGGCUUCUCCAAGCGGAGCAACCGCAGCGACGGCGGCGGCGCCCCGCGCGUCGCGGCCGGAGACGCCAGGAACGGCGGCGGCGGCGCCACCUGCUCCUUCCGCGCCCACCCGGCGCCGCCGGUCACCCAGGCGGUGUCAUGGGGCGCCAAGCCGGAGCCCGGCGGCAAUGGCGCCGGCGGCGUCUGGGAGAGGAGCAGCAGAGCCGUCAAGCGGGCCCAUGAAGAGGGCGCCGGUGAGGAGUAUGGAGGCCCCGUCGUCCGCGCCAAGCGGACCAAAAUGGGCGGCGACGGGGAUGAGGUAUGGUUCCAUCAACCCAUUGCAGGGACAGUGCAAGCAGCCGGCGGCGGCGAAGGCGAAGAGCCAGAGGAAGAGAAGGUCUUCCUGGUGCCGAGCGCCGCAGCGUUCCCCCACGCGGGGCCGUCGCUGGCCGCGGCCAAGAAGGAGGAGUUCAGCAAGUCGCCGUCCAACUCGCCGGCCUCGUCGGGCGGCACGGACGGCGGCUCGUCCGCUGUGCCGCCGCCCGAGCAGCACGCGAGGAACGGCGUGCCGGCGCCGGGGGCGGCCGGGCGGGAGGCGAUGGAGCUCGUGGUCGCGCUCACCGCGUGCGCCGACUCCCUCGCCGCCCGCAACCACGACGCCGCCAACUACUACCUGGCGCGGCUCGGCGAGAUGGCCUCGCCGGCGGGGCCCACGCCGAUGCACCGCGUGGCCGCCUACUUCGCCGAGGCGCUCGCGCUCCGCGUGGUGCGCACGUGGCCGCACCUGUUCGACGUCACCCCGCCGCGCGAGCUCACCGACGGCGCCGUCGGCGACGACGACGCCACGGCGCUGCGGAUCCUCAACGCCAUCACCCCGAUCCCGCGGUUCCUGCACUUCACUCUCAACGAGAGGAUGCUCCGCGCGUUCGACGGCCACGAUCGCGUUCACGUCAUCGACUUCGACAUCAAGCAGGGGCUCCAGUGGCCAGGCCUGCUCCAGAGCCUCGCCACGCGCGCGAUCCCCCCGGCGCACGUGCGCAUCACCGGCGUCGGCGAGUCGAGGCAGGAGCUGCAGGAGACCGGCGCGCGGCUGGGCCGCGUGGCCGCCGCGCUCGGGCUCGCGUUCGAGUUCCACGCCGUGGUGGACCGGCUCGAGGACGUCCGCCUGUGGAUGCUCCACGUCAAGCGCGGCGAGUGCGUCGCCGUGAACUGCGUCCUCACCGCGCACCGCCUGCUCCGCGACGACACCGGAGCCGCGCUCGCCGACUUCCUCGGGCUCGCGCGCAGCACGGGCGCCGCCAUCCUCCUCCUGGGCGAGCACGAGGACGCCCUCAACUCCGGGCGGUGGGAGGCGCGGUUCGCGCGCGCGCUGCGGUACUACGCCGCGGCGUUCGACGCCGUGGACGCCGCCGGGCUGUCGGACGCGAGCCCCGCGAGGGUCAAGGCGGAGGAGAUGUUCGCGCGGGAGAUCCGCAACGCGGUGGCGUUCGAGGACGCGGACCGCUUCGAGCGGCACGAGAGCUUCGCCGGGUGGCAGCGGCGCAUGGAGGAAGGCGGGUUCCAGAACGCCGGCAUCGGCGACCGGGAGGCGACGCAGGCGCGCAUGAUCGCGAGGAUGUUCGCGCCUGGCAACUACAGCGUGCAGGCGCAGGGCGACGGCGAGGGCCUCACGCUCCGGUGGCUGGACCAGCCGAUGUACACCGUGUCCGCAUGGACGCCGGUGGGCGACGGCGGCGGCGGAGGCAGCACGGUGUCCGCGUCCGUCUCCACCACAGCAUCCCAUUCUCAGCAAAGCUGAAUGGGGGAAGAAGGUUAAGUGAAGAAGAAAGAACAGGGUUUUUCGCUGGUUCUUUUGCUGUUAGUGAUCAUUCCGUAGUUCAUUAUACCGUCUGACAAUUCUUUUAUACAUCCAGAAGAACAAACAAAAAAAAAACAAAGGAGAAACAAAGAUUCGUAGCUUUUGUUUUAUAGUUUGAUAGGAUGAAAGAUUCAAUUGUUAGUAGUUGUAAUUCUUUAUUCUUUUGGCUGCUGAGCCCCCUGCAAAAUUAGCUGCAUGUUUAUGUAGAAGCAAAGGAGUUGUAGAUGUUGGCAGGGUAGCUCACAGCGUAUAUGGAUGGAUGUCUCCAGUUACAAUACAUCAUAUUAUUACAUGCAAUUCUUUCGCCGUAUUCGUUUAGACAUUUGUAACUUGUAAUCUCUGUACCGAGUCAGAAGGAAAUGGGAUCAAAUACUAUGGUCUUCAUCUGAA